AUGACUUUUAAUGAGACCGCUAUUUACUUUGAAAAUAUGUUUCUUUGUUAUCCACUUCUGCCAAACUCAUGUCUGAAGCUGCAGCGUCUUACUGUAGUAAAAGUGACUAUGUAUGUUUUGAUGGUGCUGAUGAUCCUCACAACAGUUUUUGGGAACCUGCUGAUCAUCAUCUCCAUCUCUCACUUCAAACAGCUUCAGUCUCCAACUCAUCUGAUCAUUCGCUCUCUGGCUACUAGUGACUGUCUGCUGGGCUCUUUGGUCAUGCCGUACAGCAUGGUGCGAUCUGUUGAAGGCUGCUGGUAUCUGGGAGAUGUUGUGUGUAAAGUUCAUUCUAGUUUAGACAUGACUUUUUGUAUCUCCUCCUUAAUGCAUCUCAGUUUAAUAUCUGUUGACAGGUACAUGGCCAUUUGUGACCCUCUGAGAUACAGAAUGAGGGUCACAAACAACACUGUGACUGUAUUUACAACACUAACAUGGCUGUUUUCAUUUUUCUACAGUUUUUCUAUUGUGUUUUCAGGUGUAAACAAAAUUGGUUUGGAGUCAUUCAUUAUGCAGGUGUAUUGUGUGGGAAGCUGUGUUUUGUUUUUUAACAAACAAUGGGGCAUUAUAUGUCCAAUUCUCACAUUCUUUCUUUCUGGGACGAUCAUGAGCUCUCUGUAUAUAAAAAUCUUCCAUGUUGCACGAAAACAUGCAAAGAUUAUGUCAGAAAGAGUGACUGGAGGGAUGAAGAGUCAAAGCUCUGCUCACAGAGAGAGAAAAGCAGCUAAAGCUCUGGCGAUUGUCAUGGGUGUUUUCUUGUUCUGCUGGCUGCCCAUUUUUAUUGCAACUAUCAUCGACUCUUUCCUUAAUUUCGUGACUCCCGGUGAUGUUUUUGAUGCAUUGGUGUGGUUUGGAUACUUAAACUCUACUUGUAAUCCAUUGAUCUAUGGGUUUUUCUACACUCGCUUUCAGAAGGCCUUUAAAAUUCUUAUAUUGUCCUGUAUAUAUGGCUUUAGUGACCUAAGCACCUGGACAUUUGAAUGA